GGUGCUGCUCGUGUUGGUGACAUUCGACAUGGUGAGAUCUCGUCUGCUGAAGCAAACAAAAUGGGUCAUGUGGUAUUACUCUCACGUCUGCUUCUACCUGUUCCGUAGUCUGAUGUGCAUCAGUAACCUACUCAUAGUCGCUCUCACUGUCGACCGAUACCUACACGUCGUGCAUGCACAGUGGCGCCACGUCGACGAGCUGCGGCGGCGAGCGACACUAACUACAGCCAUCAUCACCGUGUUUUCGUUCGUUCUUCACAUUCCCCACACGAUAGAAACGACCGUCGAAGAAUUCCUGUCGCCCGACACGUACGAAGUUUAUUAUAACUGGCAUUGGACUUCCCGCGUACAGGAUCUAACGUUCUACCGAUACGUGUACCCCGUAAUCAAGGAAAUCUUCAAUCGCUUCAUCCCCAUCGUCUGCGUGUUGACCUUGAACCCGCUGAUCCUGCGGGCGCAUCGUGACCUGUUAGUCCGCCGCCGUGACGUCACGUCAUCGGCGACUCAGCGGAAGUUGGCGAGUGAGGAGCGUCGGCUGACGGUGUUGCUGGUGUCGGCGUCGGCAGUGUUUCUACUGUGUACGCUGCCGCAGGCGUUCGUUACCAUAGUACUACGCGCCCAUCAGCAUCUCUACCCGGAUAAUCAGGCCUUCUACACGUACGUGCACGUUGCUAACGUCAUAGAGGCGCUCAACUUCAGCGUCGAUUUCUACGUCUACAGCGUAGCGUCGUCCGACUUCCGACGCAGUUUCGGUGACGUCAUCUGCGCGUGUUCGCGUCGUCGCGACGCGAGGCGUGACCCAAGUAUAGACGGCGUCAGUGAUCGGGCUCUAAACAAGAGAUAAAGCUGUUAAAACGUGACGCAUGCAGUGACGCAAGCAUUGACGCAAGCAGUGACGCAGGCAGUGAUUUCGCUCUCAACAAGAGGUGAAGCUACGUACGAGGCGUGACUCAAGCAGCGACGCAAGCGGUGACGCAAGCAGUGACGUAAGCAGUAACGUAAGCAGUGACGCAAGCAGUGACGCGGUCAGUGACGCAAGCAAUGACACAGUCAGUGAUCCAACUCUUUAGCCGAGGUCACGCUGCGAGGUGUGACGUAUUCAGUGACUUAAUCAGUGGUCUAGCUGUGAAUUAUGUGAAUAUGUUUGUGUGUUAUGUGUGAGUGUGUCUACUAGAUUAUAAUCACGUAUUACCCGCGAUUUAAACCAUUAUGUGUCAGAAAAUUGUAAAUUACAAUGUGUACGAAAGCCGUA